AUGUCGAAAUCGUGGCAGUCGACCGUACAUUUACCCAAGAUCCUUUUCCCGCCACGCCCAAGAGCUCAAAAUCACGAACGGUAUCUCCAGCGCUGCACCACCGACUUGUACAAAUGGCAAGCAACCGAACGAAAAUAUGAAAAACCUUUCAUCCUGCAUGAUGGCCCGCCGUACGCCAAUGGCUCGCUCCACGUCGGCCACGCGCUGAACAAGAUCCUCAAGGACGCGAUACUGCGCGUCAAGGUGCAGCAGGGACACAGGGUUCAAUAUGCGCCUGGCUGGGACUGUCAUGGCCUGCCUAUCGAGCUCAAGGCCCUCGAGGCUGCCUCUGGAUUGGCUGCAGGGAAAACUGGCAGCGAGAACAGCAGCAAUGGCGGGGCGAGCACGGCCAUGACGCCCACAGUGCUGUCGCAGAUGGAGGAGUUCAAGUCAUUUGCUGUCAUGGCCGACUGGGACAGCAGUUGGAAGACUAUGGACCCGGGGUACGAGAUCAGGCAGCUUGAAUUGUUCCUGGAUAUGGUCCAGAAGGGUCUGAUCUACCGACGGUUCAAACCGGUGUACUGGUCGCCCUCCUCACGCACCGCGCUUGCGGAGGCCGAGAUCGAGUACAAAGAUAACUACACGUCUACGGCGGCGUAUGUGCGCUUCCCAAUACUAAGCACGGCUGACGGCCCGCUGCCCACGCUCCUUGGGGACCACUCCGAGCGCAAACUGUAUGCCGUCAUCUGGACCACCACACCUUGGACAUUACCGGCAAACAAGGCCAUUGCCGUGCAUGAUGAGCUGGAGUAUGCUAUUGUCAAGGAUGGGCAAAAUGCGUACAUAGUGGCCAAGGACUGCUAUGCGAGGGUCGGGGAAUUCAUGGGUUGGCACCCGACGGACACUUCAAUCAUCGCCGUAUGUAAAGGAGCCGACCUGCGUCAUCUCACGUAUCGGAAUCCUCUGCACGGAGACGCAGCUCCUCAGCAGCCCAUCUUACAUGCAGAUUUUGUCUCAGCCGACUCUGGUUCAGGUUUGGUCCAUCUUGCGCCGGGCCACGGCCACGAUGACUACGAGGUCUGCAGGCCUCUUGGGCUGGACAUUUCUGCACCAGUGGACGACCGUGGUCAUUUUACCGCGGAGGCGUACCCGCAAAACCCAGAGACCCUGCAAGGCCUUUUUGCGCAGGGUAGGGGAAAUGCAACAGUGCUGGGCCUCUUGGGCAAGGAUGCUCUACACAUUCACAAAUACCAGCACAAAUAUCCCAUUGACUGGCGGACAAAGAAGCCCGUCAUCAUCAGGGCUACGGCGCAGUGGUUUGCUGAUGUCGAAGGUAUCAAGGGCGCGGCCUUGAAGGCGCUUGAUGAUGUGCAGUUUAUACCCUCCAGCGGUAAGACGAGGCUGGAAAGCUUCGUCAAGGGACGCAGUGAAUGGUGCAUCUCAAGACAGCGAGCGUGGGGCGUUCCGAUUCCUGCCUUGUACGACAGCAACGGCGAUGCUGUGAUGACCGAGGAGAGCGUGAAGCAUAUCAUCUCCGUCAUCCGGAAGAGAGGUACCGAUGCCUGGUGGUCCGAUGAUCCGAGUGACCCGCAGUGGAUUCCGGCAUCCCUGCAGGGCAGUAGUAACGGGUAUCGGCGUGGCACUGAUACCAUGGACGUCUGGUUCGAUAGCGGCAGCAGCUGGACUCACGAGGGCGGUGCCAGGGCUGACGUCUACCUCGAGGGCACCGACCAGCACCGUGGCUGGUUUCAGUCCAGUUUGUUGACGCGUGUCGCAGCCGCGACCGCUCAAAGAGGUGUACCGGGAAAGCCCAGUCUUGUUGAGCAGGAUGUCGGUCUGGCUCCGUUCAAGCACCUCAUCACACACGGGUUCACUCUGGACAAUUCGGGGAGGAAGAUGUCCAAGUCCUUAGGGAACAUGAUUCUCCCAAGAGAUGUCAUGGAAGGAAAACUACUGCGUCCGAGGAAAAAUAGGCACAAAGAUGACGAGGAAGACGGGGUGGAAAAUGGGGCACAAGACUCCGGUCCUCGUUAUGAAGCACUCGGCCCAGAUGCGCUUCGGCUAUGGGCGACCAGCAGCGACUACACUCGCGACGUGGCGAUAGGUCCACCGGUCUUGGAGUCGGUGCAUGUGUCCCUGAUCAAGUACCGGCGCAUUAUCAAGAUGUUGCUCGGCUUGAUGCGCCAAUCUGCUCGGACACUCCCGCUGACAGUCACGGACCACAUCGCAAUCAUACAGCUGCGGGAUACGAUGAGCCAAGUCGGCAAAGCGUACGACAGAUUCGAGUUCCAGAAAGGCAUCAGUGCGGUAAAUUGGUGGGUGGUAAAUGAGCUGUCUGCCUUUUAUAUCGAGGCCAAGAAAGACAGGCUCUACUGCGGCGAUGGGGCCAGCGUGCUGGAGCCUGUGUUCUGGGGCAUGAUGCGCAUGCUCGCGCCCAUUACGCCGUUGCUUGUCGAAGAGGCAUGGGAUUGUUGUCCAGAAUGGCUGAAGAAAGAUGCCAUCCACCCUCUCCGGCAACUUUACGAGUCUCCCCUCAUGGACGAGAGCCGGCUGCCAGGUGACGAAGCUGUGCUCCGCAAGGCCAUACCGGUGCUAUCAGCCGUUCAUGCGAGCAUCAAGGCUACGACCGAGGCUGCGCGCAGAGACAAGCUCAUGGGCUCUUCGCUGCAAUGCUCCAUCGUGGUUGAGACGUCUGCUCCGGCUAUCGUGGAGUGUCUCGAGCAGUUUCGAGAUGAGCUCAGCACCCUUUUCGUCGUGUCGUCGGUACAGAUCAACGAGCCAUUUCCAGAAGCGCCGGAGUGGAUGUAUGAGGACAACUUUAGUGUCCCUGCUGUCGAUGGCUCCCUUGUUGAGGUGCCAUGCAGAGUCUGGGUGUUGCCGCCCAAAGAGCACAAGUGCCCAAGGUGUUGGCGGUAUGUUGCGCCGCAGGAAGAUGCAUUAUGUGGGAGGUGCGAGGAGGCGGUCCAGACUGUCUAA